AUGCAUCUUGUUGGCAUAGCUUUAUUUUGGCUGAUAACAUGCAUCACUCAUUCGUUCGGCUUCAAUGCACUGAUGAUCAGUAUCGGCGCUGCUGGUCAUGUCACGCCCAUGUUUGAAUUGGCCAAAGCAAUGAAAAAUCAUAAUGUAACAUUUAUUACUGAGCCACAUGCGCGGUCGUAUCUCAAAUUGAAAACAAUUUCGAAUAAAUCUUCACUGAAUUUAAUCUAUGUUAAUGAUUCGACGGAAGCAUUUAUUGAGCAGAAGAAGGCAGAACAAGAAGCCAUGGAAUAUUUUUUAGAUCAUUCGUUAGUCGAUAAUCUAUUUUAUUUAGUAGAAAGCAUGCCACCCGAUGUUAAUGCGUUAAUGAACACUACAGUAAAUUUGCUGUUGACACAACAAUACGAUGUUACCAUCGCGAAUUCAUUAGUUCUAGACAUCAAUAGUUUGUGUUUCGAUACCAAUAUACCAUGUGUAAUACAUAUGGCAAAUUCCAUGGCGAAUAUUUUCGAUACAAAUAUACCAAUUGGUUAUUCAUUGCUCACACCGAAACAAAUUAGAAAUUUUGGCUAUCGUAUCUAUAGCACUGCUUUCACAAUACGUUUACUAGCAUCGAUAGCUAGAGGACUGAUAAAAUCCAUUAAUACGAUAUCACGAGCCUUACCGCGGAUAUCAGGACCAUACUAUGAAAGUUUCGCAGUCAAAAAUAUUUUGCGUGAAAAACAUAACCUAUUGAAAUUAUAUAGUGUUCCACCGACACUCUUCCCACUCUCAUAUCCAGACUCGUAUAGUAAAUAUAUAGGUGGAUUCAUCAACGAUUUAUCCAUGGAUAUGAUCGAAGAUGAUCUUACUAGAUGGAUCAAAUCAAAGCGUGAUAGUUCUAUUCUGUAUGCUGCUUUUGGCAGUAUCGGCAUCAUACGACCGAAUCGAAUGAAAAGCUUGCUCGAAGGACUUGCUAUAUUUCUCUUGCAAACAUCUGAUGCUUCAAUUCUAUUAGCUUUUCUUAAUGCUAACCAUGAUACAUACGUAAGAGUAUUAAACGAAAUUAGCAACAAUGAUCAUCGACGAAUAUUGUCGAAUACUGAUCGUGUACGAGUCGAAAAUGGUUUUAUUCCGCAAAAAUGGAUAUUAGAACAGAGUGCUGUUGGAUUAUUUAUUAGUCAUUGUGGAAUGGGAUCCCUUGUGGAAGGAUUAUAUUUUGAGAAACCAAUACUAUGUUUGCCAUUGCAUACCGAUCAAUUUGUUAAUGCGAUCGCAGUCGACCAGUCGAAGAUUGGAAAAUCAUUAUUUGUACCACCAUCUCCAUUUGAAUCAUUUUUAAAUCCACACGAUUUUCAUGAUUAUAAAUUUUCGACAGACAGUGUCAUCAUGGCUGUUUCGUCUAUGUGGAUGAACUCAACGUACAAGCAAGCAGCUCGAAUAAUGUCGCUUGAAAUGAGACAUGCUGGUGGUCUCAAACGAGCUGCCGAAGAGAUAGAACUAUUCGUGAAUUUAAAAGGUGAUCGUGAUCGAUAUCAACGGGGAAACGGCAGACUUGAAGUAGAAAAGUACAUCAAAGUACUUUACUUGAAGUAA